GGUGGCGUACAGUGGCGUACAAGCGCGGGCGCCAUCUGCUCGUUCAGUGGCCGACUAUCCUCCGAAGACCUGUGUACUCGCGAUUCUAUUACCAGAUUAUUGCGACACUUUGUGUGACAAUUUGAUUCAGUGUAUCGUGCUAUAACAAAGUGGCCAGUGCACGCUGCGAAACGGACACAAAAAGAAUGGACAGGCUGUUUAAAGAGAUGAAUGUGGCGUGGCGAUGACAAGCCUGAUCUUGGAAAACGCAGACUUGAACCGACUUUUCCCGAAAUGUCGGCCUAGGGGUGGCCCACCCCCGAGUCCGGGGGCCUCCACGCAGAUCAGUCAGCCGCAUGAAAGCCUCUGCCAGAAGGAGGCCGCCUCUGUUACCACCAGCCUCGCAAGCACAUUCGCGACUACGUUUGCAAAUACUCUCACGACCACCCGCGCAAUCGCCUCCAAGAACACACAUUCAAACCACUCACGUGAGAUACCUGAAGACAUGAUCGACCUCGAGCGCGACAUCUCCGAUAGGACAACAAGUAUGGUGUCCGGUUUCGCAGGCGAGAGUCAGUUAUCCGUUGGUAUCAGCGGUGGGAAUGGCAGCGUCAGUGGGCCACUUGGAACAUUUAGUUCGCUUGGGACGCUUAACACCAAACCGCUUUCCUCAAGCUCUUCGUCUGCCUCUGGGCAUAGCGAAGAUGCGCCGCAAUAUGGUAGCCUUCCAGGUAGCGAUCAUCAGGGUCACUCACAACAGGAUGACAGUGGGCCUGAAGAGAGCCCUGUAUACAUCUUAACAUCUGCCAAAGGUGACCGCAGCUAUAAAUUAAGAGAUUCCAGAAUUAUAGAAAUUGCUGGCGGACGAGAAGUUUUCUCUCAAAGUAGAGGUAAAGUCGCAGCUAGGAAAUCACGCUUUCUCGCUGCGUCAAAUUCCUUAAAUAACGAAGAUAUUCAAAUAGAUAACAAGCUAUCCAUUAAAAGAAAUAAUAAAUCUCCGAACACGCAAACUAUAUGGGAAUUAAGGAGUCGAUGCGGCGACACAAGGAAGCAGCGUUCUAACAGGGAAGUAACUGAAACUGUAUUUGCUUCUGAAAUACAUUCGGUGCGGCAUAAUUCAACAAAAUCAAUCCUUGACUAUGAUUCCCCAAAGAGCAAUCACAGUAAUCGUAUUAUUAAUUAUGACUCAAUUUUGAAUAGCAAUAAUGUAGAAUACAAUGUACCAAAAAAUAUUAUGGAACUCGAUUAUGGAUUGUCCAAGAGUUGCAUAGAUUACCAGUCGAAUCAUACAACGCCAGCGAGAAGUAUGGCUAUCGUCAGCGACGGUGAAGUUGUCGUUUUCGACGAUAUCGAUGAUAAUUGGCAAAAUUUGAGACUAGAUUUAACUUCUAAUAAUACCAACCAAGUUACGUCGACUAAUUUAAAUCUCGAGUCUGAAGAGUCCCAGAGAGGUCGUAUUCCUCCUGAACCUCUAAGUUCUAGCAUUGGAAGUACUCCAAGCCCGACAACGGCAUAUCAUCGUAAUACUUCAGAGUUUUUUAAGGUAAUUACACCAGCUAGCGAUUGCGAAGUAGAUUCACCAUCAUCGGAACGUAAUCACAAAGUAGCAAGAGUAAUUGGUGAAUUACCGAUAGCACAGUAUUCUGAAAGUCCGAGACGUUACGGGGUCCGUGAUACUCAGCUUCCUUGCCUUUUAUCAUCGCCAUCUGUAUACAUGACGCCGAGACCUGGAUUUCCACAGAGAGUAUUGCCAACAACACCAAGUCAUAAUGAGGAGAGUACUUCUACAGAAAUCAUCGUAGAAAAGGCUGUGGUAGAAACAAAUAUGAAUUACUCUGAUGAUCAAACUGUGAAUGUCUCUCCCCCAUCUCCAAAAAUCGAAGAUGAAGAAGAAGACUCUAUGAAACCAUCGACUUUGCCCACAGACAAUAUAAGCAAUCUUGUAUCGUCGGGUGGUAGUACAUUCGAUUAUUUAUAUGAAUUCUCGGAGACGCGAAAAGUGCUCGAGGAAUUUUUUAAGUGUCCACCGCCAACAAAAGAGAAAGAGAACAGUACCGAAUCCUUUCCAUUUCAGGAUCUUGAUUACGAAUUACGGAGGCAAGGUGGAAGUGCAUACGUUGGUCAACGGUUAGCCAGUGGUCCGCCAACAACAGAAGAAGUGCUAGUACACGAAUCUCCCAAGAAACAAAGAAUCGACUUUCCACAAAAUACUGGCGAACACGAAAACAAUUUCUUAGACCUUUCGGUUGGUACUGGGAGUAGCGAAGAUCUGGGGGAAACAGAGGUUGGAUUACAAGUCGGACAUUCCCGUAAUUUUACUUUGAGUCCCGAAACGACUGACUGCGAUAGCAACUGUGGUGACCUCGACAGCGAAGUUUCUUUAAUGAUGAUGGAUAACGAAUUGAUACCAGCCAGCGGGCUUCUCGGCUCAAUGGGCGACCUAGGAAACAAUUCUGAUCCAUUGAGAAUAUAUACCAGUAUGCCUGUCCUCGAGGAUGGCUUGUCCAGCGGUCAUGCCAGCGAUACCGAUAACAAUAAUCCAACUGUGAUGCUGAUGAAACGACAAAUUAACGAAAUUGAAAAGGAGAUUAUUCAGAGAAGUCGCGUUAAUGACACUAGUUAUCCUACUGCAACCGAAACUGACUCGGUCGGAAAAGAGCUUCCCGGUUUAACCGUCAACAAAGAUAUUUUACAUUCUCUAAAAACUUCCUCGCCUGACCUGUUCAUUCCGAAAAAAGAGAAUUCGUACGAUACAAACGAGCUACAGUUCGAUGGUUUGGACCCCCUUGGCACACCUCCGCCACCUGCACCUCAAGCUAGGCAAACUGUCAGUUUAGAAAUUGGUGGCGAGGUUGAGGCUGCCAUCAAAGAUAUCAGAAUGGCUUUACAGAGGACUAAGACUUUACCCGUCAAGUCUUCGACGGAAGAACCACUUGAACCCAAUGUCAGUCCAAUUUGGAUACCAAGUAUAUCGGAUGGCAGGCGGAGAAUUUGCGUAGAAAACAACAGCGAAGAAUCGGAAGUUCGACACGCGGGCGAAGAUGCAGAUGUCGAGAUCGAAGAAGGUCCAGACGAAGAGGAGGCAGACACCGAUCUCGAGACUGAUCGAUUACUUGGCCAGCAAAGAACAGACGAUCAGGGUUUUUACGAUGACAAGGGGUGGAGGAAGCCUAAGACUAGGACAAUGUUACCACCGAUGAGUGGGAAACUGUCGACUCCUAAACAAACUCCCCCGAAAAGCCUCAGUGUCGCUCCGGUAGAAAGCCCGCUAGCAUCUUCAGAACCUCUAGCUUCGACCUCUGCCUGUGUCUCCACUUCCGCUUCUGCCUCUAUCUCACCUCCGCCAGUAGUUUCCGUAAUUAAAUCACCGCCGUCCGAUCGUGAUGUUACCACUCCCACGCAAACCACGUCGAGUCCACAGAAGACUCCAGCAAAAAAUUCUCCCUCGUCCCCUCAGAGUCUCAAGGAAUCCAGCAACAAGGUGAAAAAGGACAAAGAAGAAAAGAAGAAAAGCAGAAAUAAAGAAGCACUUCUGGAUGAUCCUUCAGUUUUAAUCGAGGGAGUACUAUUUAGAGCAAGAUAUCUCGGAUCUACUCAGCUGGUCUGCGAAGGAGAGCCUACCAAAUCGACUCGCAUGUGCCAGGCUGAGGAAGCCGUCUCUAGGAUAAAGGCACCGGAUGGCGAAACGCAACCGAGCACGGAAGUUGACCUGUUCAUCUCGACAGAAAAGAUCAUGGUUUUGAAUACGGACCUGAAGGAGAUCAUGAUGGAUCACGCGUUAAGAACAAUAUCUUACAUAGCAGAUAUUGGCGACGUAGUGGUGCUAAUGGCACGAAGACGAUUCGUCCCCCAUGAGAUGGAGGAGGCACCGAAGAUCAACAGAACUCCAAAGAUGAUUUGCCAUGUGUUUGAGAGCGAAGAGGCUCGAUUUAUCGCUCAAAGCAUCGGGCAAGCUUUUCAAGUAGCCUACAUGGAAUUCCUCAAGGCGAACGGUAUAGAAGAUCAUAGUUUUGUAAAAGAAAUGGAUUAUCAAGAGGUACUCAACUCGCAAGAAAUAUUUGGGGACGAGCUGCAAAUGUUUGCCAAAAAGGAAAUGCAGAAAGAGGUGGUGGUACCAAAGGCAAAGGGUGAAAUUCUUGGCGUGGUGAUCGUUGAAUCUGGAUGGGGCUCGAUGCUACCGACAGUUGUAAUUGCGAAUUUAGCACCUGCUGGUGCGGCUGCUCGAUGUGGACAAUUGAACAUCGGUGAUCAGAUAAUAGCUAUCAACGGCGUCUCGUUGGUCGGGUUGCCUCUCUCUACUUGUCAAACUUACAUCAAGAACUCGAAAAAUCAGACAGUCGUCAAGUUAACCGUCGUACCAUGCGCGCCGGUGGUCGAGGUCAAAAUCAAGAGACCCGACACCAAGUAUCAGUUAGGAUUUAGUGUACAAAACGGAGUUAUAUGUAGUCUGUUGAGAGGCGGGAUCGCCGAAAGGGGAGGUGUUCGAGUGGGUCACAGGAUCAUUGAAAUCAACAAUCAAAGCGUUGUAGCUGUGCCGCACGAGAAAAUUGUCAAUCUUCUUGCGACAUCCGUUGGCGAGAUAUUGAUGAAGACGAUGCCCACGUCGAUGUUUAGGCUGUUAACUGGCCAGGAGUCUCCAGUGUACAUAUAAGCGUUUGGUUACCUGGCUGAUAUGCGUAGUGAACAGACAAUACAUUCGCCAUCCACUACCAAACUAUUCACUACUUUACUCUCUGUACAGUCUUAUCUGACGCAACUUGCUUUCUGUUUCGAUUCUUGUGGAAUUCUAUUCGUAUACUCUCACCAGCUCCUGCUUGGCAAAGCAACAAACCUUACACGUUGCGACAAACAUUAAUAUAUUGAAUAUUUACAUAAAGCAAAAACAAAAAAUAUAUAUAUAUAUAUAUAUACAUAAUAUAUACAUAAACAUUUUAUUUAUGAAUGGGAUUCUCCAUGUUUGUUUUCCAGUUACGUGACUAGUCGAAUAAUCUACAAUGUAAUCAACAAAUGCUACAAAAGAAGUUUUUGAGCAACUUUUCUCAAAUCUUCCUUUCGUAUUUAUGCAAUCCCAUGGCACGAUAAAAACUACGGUUCAUUAACGAGAAUGAUAUAUAAAAUGCCUUGCGAAGAUUUUAUUUUUAAUUUAAAGAUUGUUACGUAUGUAUAUUUCAUAGGUCAAACGUGAUACCAUUUAUACCAUCUGCAUUUAAGUACAGCAAUGUACUUUUCUUUUUUCUUCUUCUUUUUUUUUAAUGUAAUUUUUUGGUUUUAUUUUAUUACAGAGAUAGCGUGGUAAGAGGGGAAAGAGUAAAGAAAUAAAUUCAAAAAGAAGACGAAAUUGAUCGGGUAGAUUAUGCAUAUUAUUAAAUUUUAUUUAUUCAAAGAUGGCGGAUGUUGGAGAAUUUAUAUUUUGCGAAAUCAGCAUUGAGAAUCACAUUCCAUACCCGGUAAGAGAAGCAAAGUAAGCAAUGCACACGAUUAUACAUAGCACAAAGCUCUUUACCAACAUUGGAGCAGGGCUGGAACUGUCUAUAUACUUGGUGGAAGAAAUAUAGUAAGGUCGUAAAAAUUCUGCAGAGUAAAGACUAAGAAUGUGUUCUUUGAAUUCUAGUGCUUUAAGAAUAAAAGCCUUCAGUUCGAAAGACUACCUACGGAAGUCUAGUUCGGGUGUCUGCUCGAUCUAGACUUCAUUUCUUUAAAAGAACAUUUCUGGGCCUUGAUCAAAUUAAGGCGGUAUUCUAGUCUAGAUCGUCGAUUCUUAGUUCUUUUAGUGUAUUUUUUCGAUUACGACUUUGUAAUCGAGUCUUCGAUACGAAAAAAAAGAAACACAUUUUACAAAUUGAACAUGAUGGACGUUGCUGAACCGAUCUCAUUCGAGUACUUGGCUAAAUUUCUUCCACCAACCAUAACGUAGUUAACGCUGUAGUAUGUUUGUACAAGGGCCUUCGUAUAUUUAUUUGGCUCCGUGAAAAUUACAUCGUUUAUUUAAUCUUUUUUAUCAUCGGAUCGCAAUGCCAUAGUAUCAUAAUUUAUACUAAAAUUAAGAUCUAUCUGUCUACUACUUAAUGUUUUUAACGCGUCGCUUCGUGAUAAAUGUCACGGUAGUUAUACGGAAGAGUACUCUGAGUUUUCUUUUGCUAUGAUUUCCUUUUUACGAUAGAAAAUGUUUUUUACCGUUACUAAUAACAACCUCGCCAAAUUCAAGUUACAUGCCAAUUAGAAUUAUUCGAACAAAAAUUCAAUAUCUGGAUUCUUAUCACACAAAUGAUAAAAAUUGUAAUAUCUUUGUUUACUUAACUUGUCGUAUAACUUUUGUUGAAAUCAUUAUCCCGAGCAUGUUAAUGCUAACUCCAUCGAAGAGGUCUCAUCAGAUCUCGAUGGGUCUCGUUCUUUAAUAAGAUUCGACAAGUUAAUCUUGCUAAAGAUUACUAAGGGGAUAUUGACUUUUUCAAGAGUUUCAUUUCGAAAUGUUACCUAACAGUUAGAGACUUACAUUUUGCCCGUUCGUAAUCAACAAAUGCUCUUCGAAUAACUGCUGGAGUAAUCUUAUGAUCUACAAAGCAACAUCUGUAUGUAACAUAACGCGUAAAAUGAAACGCACUUAUUUUUAUUACCGAUGAACUACGACGUCUUGAGAAAUGACUUUUGCGGUGCAAUAUUACUACAUCAUUCUUUCAUACUUAACGUAAUCAAGCAAGAGAGAUCUCGCUAAAUAAUGAUAUAUUUACAAUUGUCGCGAUUAAUAUGCACUUACUCGACUACUUAAAUAAUGCUCUCUACGUAUCGAAUACGAUUCAAAUUAAAAAGGAGAUGUAUUAUUAUCGACUUUACGUAAUAUUGCAACUGAGACGUUAUAAAAAUUUACAACUGGUAACGAAAUAAAAUUAGCGCGGGUAGGAGUUCUCUUCUAUGUAAAUACCGCGUAUUUUAUUAAUUCUAAGUUUCAUCUACUUUCCGCUGAACAUCUCUCACUUUUGCUUCAACUGUCCAGAAUUAAGGAUACGUGAAUCUUGAGAUUUCUCACGAGAGUUUGAUAAAAUUUCAAUGCCAAA